AUGGCGCCGCUCGCGAGCCCUUCGAACCCGUACAAGAGGCAAAUUGACGCUGUCCAGCACGUCUACGAAUGCGCAAAGCGACUGAAAAUCAGCUCUGACACCGGCGACUCUGCGCCUUCGACCGUACCCAACGAGUCUCAACCAAUUCCGACAAGCAAAACGACGAGUGCUGGAGAGAAUAGCGAAGCCGAUAGCGACGACGAGAGUUGGGUGUCGGAGUCGAGCGAGGAGCCCAGCGAUGAGAGUAGCGAGGACAGCUCGGAGGCUGGAGAAGAGGACGGGCAGCAAACUGAUGAGAUGGAAGAGGACGCACAACUAGGCGCAGAAGACGUAGUGAAUCUACGGGCCAACAGAGGGAAGAGACCGGACUUCAAGUUGCCUGAAGAGGAAGAGUUGGACGACAUACGACCGUUCCUGAAGGACUUUCUGCCAAAACUUAAGGCGGCAAACGAAGAGCUCGAAGCGCAAAAGGCAACAGGAACGCUGCAAACUAGCGAGAUAGUUGGAGAUGAAGAAGCAGAUGGCGAGGAACAAUACAUUGAAUUGAACCUAGGUCUAGGCGUCCUGGAAGAGAAAGACGACGAUGUAGGCGAAGGUGCGCUCGAAACUUCGGACAACGACAGCGCAGGCGGUCAUGCUGAGCAACAAGAUCGGGAGAAAGACGUACUAGGCAAGCUCAUGGGUCGCGGAAAACCGACAGAGUCAGUCGGCAUUGAAGAACUUACGGACACGCAAGGCAGAACUUGA